ACCACUACUCCUGCAGCAGCUGUCACCACCACCACUCCUGCAGCAGCUGUCACCACCACCACUCCUGCAGCAGCUGUUACCACCAUCACUCCUGCAGCAGCUGUCACCACCACCACUCCUGCAGCAGCUGUCACAACCACUACUCCUGCAGCAGCUGUCACAACCACCACUCCUGCAGCAGCUGUUACCACCACCACCACCACUCCUGCUGUCGCAUCAACUGACCCUCCAUCUUCUAGUGAAGGAACCCUGGGUCUUCAGUUCAGUCUCAACCAGACGUUCAACUCAAAUCUUUCCAACCCGUCCUCUUCAGAGUUCAAGACUCUGGCUUUCAAAGUGCAAUCUGAAGUGAACAAGGUUUAUGCUAAGACCCCAGGCUUCAAUCGUUCUAUUGUCAACUCAUUCAGGAAUGGAUCUGUAGUUACCGACAUGACCCUCGUGUUCGACAAGCAGACUUCGGUUCCCAGCUCAAGCAGCGCACAGGCAAUUCUCACCAACAGUCCCACCUCCCUGGGCAUUAUACCAGGCACCAUCAGUUUCGAUGUUGCCACAACCACUCCUGCAGCAGCUGUUACCACCACCACUCCUGCAGCAGCUGUUACCACCACCACUCCUGCAGCAGCUGUCACAACCACCACUCCUGCAGCAGCUGUCACAACCACCACUCCUGCAGCAGCUGUUACCACCACCACUCCUGCUGUCGCAUCAACUGACCCUCCAUCUUCUAGUGAAGGAACCCUGGGUCUUCGGUUCAGUCUCCACCAGCCAUUCAACUCAAAUCUUUCCAACCGGUCAUCUUCAGAGUUCAAGACUCUGUCUGCCAACGUGGUCACUAAUGUGAACAAGGUUUAUGCUGGGACGCCAGGAUUCAAUCGUUCUAUUGUCAACUCAUUCAGGAAUGGAUCUGUAGUUACCGACAUGACCCUCGUGUUCGACAAGCAGUCUUCGGUUCCCAGCUCAAGCACCGCACAGACAAUUCUCACCAACAGUUCCACCUCCCUGAACAUUCUACCAGGCAGCAUCAGGGUUGAUGUUGCCACAACCACUCCUGCAGCAGCUGUUACCACCACCACUCCUGCAGCAGCUGUUACCACCACCACUCCUGCAGCAGCUGUCACCACCACCACUCCUGCAGCAGCUGUCACAACCACCACUCCUGCAGCAGCUGUCACAACCACCACUCCUGCAGCAGCUGUUACCACCACCACUCCUGCUGUCGCAUCAACUGACCCUCCAUCUUCUAGUGAAGGAAUCCUGAGUCUUCGGUUCAGUCUCCACCAGCCAUUCAACUCAAAUCUUUCCAACCGGUCAUCUUCAGAGUUCAAGACUCUGUCUGCCAACGUGGUCACUAAUGUGAACAAGGUUUAUGCUAAGACCCCAGGCUUCAAUCGUUCUAUUGUCAACUCAUUCAGGAAUGGAUCUGUAGUUACCAACAUGACCCUCGUGUUCGACAAGCAGUCUUCGGUUCCCAGCUCAAGCACCGCACAGACAAUUCUCACCAACAGUUCCACCUCCCUGAACAUUCUACCAGGCAGCAUCAGGGUUGAUGUUGCCACAACCACUCCUGCAGCAGCUGUUACCACCACCACUCCUGCAGCAGCUGUCACCACCACCACUCCUGCAGCAGCUGUUACCACCACCACUCCUGCAGCAGCUGUCACAUCCACCACUCCUGCAGCAGCUGUCACAACCACCACUCCUGCAGCAGCUGUCCCCACCACCACCACCACUGCUGCUGUCGCAUCAACUGACCCUCCAUCUUCUAGUGAAGGAAUCCUGAGUCUUCGGUUCAGUCUCAACCAGACGUUCAACUCAGAUCUUUCCAACCCGUCCUCUUCAGCAUUCAAGACUCUGUCUACCAACGUGGUCACUAACGUGAACAAGGCUUAUGCUAAGACCCCAGGCUUCCGUCGUUCCAUUGUCAACUCAUUCAGGAGUGGAUCUGUAGUUACCGACAUGACCCUCGUGUUCGACAAGCAGUCUUCGGUUCCCAGCUCAAGCAGCGCACAGACAAUUCUCACCAACAGUUCCACCUCCCUGAACAUUCUACCAGGCAGCAUCAGUGUUGGGUCAUCAACCACAUCAGGAAGUGCUCCCCAACCCACUGCCUUCUCUCUGGCUGCCUUGCCUCUCAGUUUGGCUCUGUUAAUGGUACAGCUGCUGUCUAGCUAAUAGCCUGGGGCAUAGCUGCUGUGGCUCUGAUAGCUGCUAGGCUAGCUAAUAGCCUGGGGCAUAGCUGCUGUGGCUCUGCUAGCUGCUAGGCUAGCUAAUAGCCUGGGACAUAGCUGCUCUGGCAUUGGUUUAACCAAUCAACGGUUUCCCAGCUCUCAUAGAUACAGCCUUAAAGCUAGAAUCCUUAGUUGCUAAACCCAUUUUUUGACUUAUAAAUUAAUUAUAUCUACCCAUUGAUUCUAGAAGAAUAUAACAUAUGAAUGCCUCAUGAGUUUAGCUCAACUGUCGUACCCCAUCAGAACCCUAAAUAUAAGCUUGUUUUACUCCAAUGUUUCUAAACAAUGCAAACAAACACUGUAUAGCUUUAAAACAUUAUUAAAACUAUAAUUCUGAUAUCAUGUAUGGUCAGUCCUGGCAACCAUAGCUCCUCUAUGAAUUUGAGAGUGGUCACAUUUGUAUUACCAAAAACAGAGAGCAGGUGUGAAUUUGUUAUUGUUUCAGUUAAGGAUUCUAGCUUUAAUAUGAAUUACCUGCUUAAGCAUGAGAGUACACAACACAUUUUAACCGUGUUAGUUGGCAAAAUUAUAUAUGUAUUUUAGGUACAUUCCCCUACAUACAAACAAAAACAAAACUAAAUGUACUUUUUGAUGUCAUGUAUGAUAUUUGUGAAAUACUUUAAGAAUUCUCAUAGUUUUUGUUCAUUAAUAUUUAUAUUUAUAGUAUUAUUAAUAAAGGGAUAUUAUUAUUAUUAUUAUUAUUAUUACUACUAUUAUUUUAAGUUACUAUUAUUAUAAUUAUUAUUAUUAUUACUAUUAUUUCAAGUUACUAUUAUUUAACACUUAUAGGCUCUCACAGACAUCAAUUCAUGAUGUAUUCACACUUGCACACUAUUUAUCAGUCAAAUUUUUAUACUGAAAAUAACUAAAAGAAACAACAACUUUCCUAUUGUACAAUUUUUAAUUUUUAAUUUUUAAAUGUUUUAUUUGAUCAUAGUUCCCUCUUUAAUUAUUAACUAUAUUUAAAUUUAAAUUUACCAGGACCGGGAUGAUAUUUACUUUGAGUUAUUUUGGGCAUAUCACCAAAAAUGUGGACCACUACAAUGUUUUAAAACUGUUGAAGAGCCUCGCCUGGUUUGUACUUGUCUUGUUAUUAUUAAAUCUAAUAUAUUACGUAACACUCAA